AUUCGUCUGCCCCCUGAAGUCAACAGAAUUUUGUACAUCAGAAAUUUGCCGUAUAAAAUCACAGCUGAAGAAAUGUAUGAUAUUUUUGGAAAAUAUGGACCCAUUCGACAAAUCAGAGUAGGAAACACUCCUGAGACUAGAGGGACAGCUUACGUUGUCUAUGAAGAUAUCUUUGAUGCCAAAAAUGCUUGUGAUCACCUGUCAGGGUUCAAUGUGUGCAACCGAUAUCUUGUGGUCUUGUAUUAUAACGCAAACAGG